AUGCAACGGAUUGGAGGGAGUGGAAUUUGGCCGUCAGCCCUAUUGCCCAGUAGAAUAGCGAUUAGGAAUAGGCUCACUGUGAGGUCAUUGAACUUCUCGACAUACAGACCGUUAAAGUUUAAGAGUAGCGGACCGCAAAUAUGGAAACAAUCCAAUGGUAAGAUGACUGGUAAACCCAUUGUACAGCCCAAGAUAGAAGCUCCUAAACCGCAAACUAAUGAAACGAAAUCUCGAGCACCUACGAUGUCAGAAUUGAAGAUUCUAAGGAAUUUGGUCCACUAUAUAUGGCCCAAGGGGAAUAAUAAGGUGAAGCUGCGGGUGAUUGCUGCCCUGAUGCUUCUUAUCGGUGCCAAAUUAUUGAAUGUUCAAGUACCUUUUUUCUUCAAAGAUGUUGUGGAUUCCAUGAAUGUAGAUUGGUCCGAUAGCACAGUCGCCUUGCCUGCCGCCAUUGCACUUACCGUUAUCUGCUAUGGUGCUGCAAGGUUUGGAUCCGUGCUAUUUGGUGAACUAAGGAAUGCUGUUUUCGCUCGUGUGGCUCAAAAUGCCAUUAGAACCGUAUCAUUGGAGACAUUUAAGCAUCUGAUGAAACUGGAUUUAGGUUGGCACUUGAGUAGACAAACCGGUGGACUGACUAGGGCUAUGGACAGAGGUACCAAAGGUAUAUCGUAUGUACUCAGUGCCAUGGUUUUCCAUAUUUUGCCUAUAACUUUUGAAAUCUCCGUGGUCUGUGGGAUUCUCACAUAUCAAUUCGGUGCCUCAUUUGCUGGAAUCACGUUUGCUACUAUGCUACUAUACUCCAUUUUUACUAUUAAGGUCACGGCUUGGAGAACAGCAUUUAGGCGGGAUGCAAACAAAGCCGACAAUAAGGCGGCAAGCGUUGCAUUGGACUCACUGAUUAAUUUCGAAGCUGUGAAACAUUUCAACAAUGAAAAUUAUCUUGCCGGGAAGUACCACAACUCACUGAUGAAGUAUCGUGACUCUCAAGUCAAAAUAGCUCAAUCGUUGGCAUUCUUGAAUGCGGGCCAAAACUUCAUAUUCACGUCAGCCCUCUCUGCAAUGAUGUACAUGGGCUGCACUGGUGUCAUUGGCGGUGAUUUAACUGUUGGUGACCUCGUCUUAAUCAAUCAGCUGGUUUUUCAACUCUCCGUCCCACUGAACUUUUUGGGAAGUGUUUACCGUGAGCUUAAACAAUCGCUAAUUGACAUGGAGGCUCUCUUCAAUCUCAGAAACAACAAGAUCAAGAUACACAAUAACGACAAGCCACUAAUGUUACCUGAAAAUGCCGGACCUUUUGAAAUCAAGUUCGAAAAUGUGACCUUCGGGUACGACACACGAAGAAAGAUUCUACGAAACGCCUCAUUCACGAUUCCAGCUGGUGUGAAGACAGCCAUUGUGGGACCUUCAGGAAGCGGUAAGUCGACAAUUUUGAAGCUUGUGUUCAGGUUUUACGAUCCAGAAAGCGGAAGAGUGUUGGUAAACGGUAAAGACGUGAGAGAGUACGACCUUGAUUCUUUUAGAAAAGUUAUUGGGGUUGUACCACAAGAUACACCACUGUUCAACGAUACUAUAUGGGAAAACGUCAAGUUUGGCCGUAUCGACGCAACAGAUGACGAAGUGACUAACGCCAUCGAAAAGGCACAGCUGGCACCAUUGAUUCACAAAUUGCCAGUCGGCUCAGCAACCAUAGUCGGAGAAAGAGGCCUAAUGAUCAGUGGUGGAGAGAAGCAAAGGCUCGCAAUUGCCAGAGUUCUGCUCAAGAACUCACAAAUCAUGUUUUUCGACGAAGCCACGAGCGCUCUCGAUACGCACACAGAACAAUCGCUUCUCAAGACUAUCAGAGAGAAUUUCGACCGUGGUUCUAGGACCAGUGUGUACGUGGCACACAGGCUAAGAACGAUAGCUGACGCAGAUAAGAUUCUAGUUCUCGAGGAAGGUUGUGUCAGAGAAGAAGGUUCCCAUACAGAACUUCUCAGCAGACCUAACUCGCUCUACAAACAACUAUGGGACAUACAAGAAAAUCUCGAUGUCAUCGACCAGGAAAUUAAGCAAGAAAGACAACUCGAAGAUCAAUUGAAUCAGCAUAAAGGUUAG